UGUGUAUCAGAUAACAUUACAGUUCAAACUGACAUUACCAGAUACGGAUUACUUAUCUGUCAGUAUGAGAACCACAGACACAAUGUCCACAGACGUGAGAGAGGUGCUUCUGGAGGUUUACGUCAAUGACGCCUUCUACUUCGGUGACAGCUACUGGGCAUCAGAUGAUAAAGAUGUGCAGCUGGAGUUUGAGAUCACCGAUGACAUCUACGACCUUAUCAGCAGCAGUGCAUCUCGAGAGUUAGAUGUGCAGCUGGAGGUUGUGACAGUGGAUCAUGUCUCAGGCAGAUACUGCAGUCCAGGAGAGAUGCGUGUGCAGCUGGAGGUUAACUCUAGUGACAACAUCUCAGUCUGUGAAGUGAAAGAUUUGCAGCUGGAGAUGAACAGGAACGACAGCAUCUCAGAGCUGAAGAGUCCUACACUGGUCUCUGAAGAUCUGAGCGACCCAGCAGGACCUUCAGUGGAAGAGGCCAAUGAUCAGGGUGGCCUGGAUGCUGAGAACAGUCCAACAGGACUCACUGUCUGGGAGAUAACCAGGAAAAUGGGGGCAAUCUUCCAGCAGAUUUGUGCAGUUUUCCAGACAAAAAUGCCAGAAACUGUUGGGCAACCUGAAUUGGAUCUUCCCGAUCCAAAGGAAUCGUUUGUUCCAGAUCCAAGUGCUCCCAAGCCAGAACCUGAAAUGGAUCUGUUAGAUACCGAGCAAUCGUGUAUCCCUGAACCUGAAUUGGAUCUCGUGGUUCCUUCUGAACCUAAACUGGAUCUGGUUGAUCCAGAGGAAGCAUGUGCCAGCCCAAAAGAAACUACCAAAGCCACGAAGAAUAAGAAAGUUCUUGGCUUCGUUGUAACUAAGAGAGUAGAAUAUGCUACAGUGAGGAAUACGAAAAAAACCUUCCUCCAGAACAACAGAUCGAACUCAGCAUGGCCUGAGAUGGAUCUGAAUGUUCGUGAACCAAAACCUAUUGAGGAUUUGGUUGCUCCUCCUAAAUGGGAUCUGGUUGAUGCAGUGGAACUGUACACCCCGAGUCCUAGCGUUCCUGAGCCGGACUCUGAGGAGGAUCUGGAUGAUCCUCUUGAACGUGAAUGGGAUAAGGACUCGAUGGAAUUAUAUGCCCCGGGUUCAAAUGUCCCUGAGCCAGACCCUGAAGAGGAUCUGGUUGAUUCAGUGGAAUUGUACCUCCCGGGUCCAAGCGUUCUCAAGCCACGACCUGAAUGGGAUCUGGCUACUCCAGUGGAUUUGGGUGCACCAAGUCCAAGCGUUCUUGAGCCAGAGUCUACAGUGUUAUCUGAACUUGCAAGUUUGGAAAACUACGUCCCUUUAAACAUGCUCCAACUAGAGGAUCGUUUGAAGCAGUGUACACUGCUCAAACAAAGACAUGUCACCAAUGUCUGGCCCAGGAUCUUCAUCGGAGAUGAAGAGGCUGCAACAGACCGAGAUAUGCUGCAGGAGAUGUGCAUCACUCACAUUUUGAACGCUGCAGCGCCCAAAAAGGACUUGAACUACUUCUUGGGAAAAUCUUAUGUUGAAGAUCUAGAAGGAACAGUCAAUACAGGGUCCAGAUAUUACAGAGGCUUGCACAUCAAUUAUUACAGCUUGCCUACAACAGACAGACACUGUUCUGACAUCAGCAAGUGCUUCAUGCCAGCUGCAAAAUUCAUUGACAAGGCCGUGAAUAAGCCAGGAAGUAAGGUGUUGAUUUGCUGCAAGCAGGGUGUCGACCACUCUGCGACUCUGUUUCUGGCAUAUCUGAUGAUCUGCCAUGACAUGAUGGUGGAGGAUGCCAUUGAUGACGUCAUAAAGUCGAGACGCAUCCAGCCCUCCAGAGACUUCCUGAAGGAGCUGAUGCUCCUCAAUGCUGACCUUGUGAACAAGCGAAAACUAAAGCUAGAGGACAUAAAAAAAGGCAAAAAGAGGAGAAAAUGGCAGCUAAAAAAGAAGUGUAGAGAUUUACUAAAAGAUAUAAAAGAAAAUGUGCACAUAUAGAAAUGUCAAUAAAAUGAAUGGAUAAUGUCCUGAUAAUGAGCUGCUUUGUUUUGUAAUGUAUUUGUUUUUUACAGUGCAAAUAAAUAUCUGUACUGAUAGAUAUAAUAGAUAGGAUAGAUAUAAUCCUAUCAGCAUUGUAUUUUAUGUAUUUUAUUUAUGUACUUUAAUGAAUUGCUUACAGUGCAAAUGAAUAAGUGCACAGAUAAAAAAAAAACUAAAUAGAGGCAUUGUUAGAUGCCAGUGUUUCAUGAUAUAAUUGCUAUGCAAAGAUUUGAUUUAAAAAAAUAUUUCAGUAUCAUAGCUAUUAAACUAUAUGUUGUUAUGAUUUGAAAUUUGUAUUUUCCCUUAGAAUGAUCUCAAAGUAAAAAGAUGAGCUAAAGUCUGAUUUUGUGGUGCUGUGCUUUAAAAUGAUUUUUGACAGUAGUCAGUGCUGAGCACUGUAAGGUUAACCCUGCCUGGUUUAAAUGUUUGAAAAUGAUUAACGGCUGAAAACAUUCAUUGGAAAUUUAGAAAAGUGAUCAAAUGUAAUCAGUUACAUUACUUUUAUAAAGUAGUUGAAAUAGUUAGAUAAC